CCACAAUCACAGGAACAAAUUAGGCAUGAUUAAUAACACCAUUAUUUUAAGAGCACAUUUUUAACCCACUUAAUCUUGUGUGGAAAUGUGAUCAUUAUGUCCGUUCUGAUAGAUUACUACUCGCAUUCCUUCUCCUUCACACUGUGAUUAUUACUCUGUUACUUUGAUGCUGACAGCCACACUAACUAAAGCAGUUUCCUCUCUGUCUUUUCAGGAUCGAUCGAUCUAGCUUAGUGGUAACUAAAGUAGCUUUGCUUCCACCGUUCACAUCUACCAGCUCGUAAUCUCAGAGAUUGACCACUUUUCCGCCAUUAUUAAACCCGAUUGAUUGGUGUUACUCACUAGUCUGUUCUUGCAACUCAUGGAGACCGCCGCCGCCGCCGCCGUAGCAGAGCACGUCAUUCUCACCGUCGACGUCGACCACCACCACGAUCAACCUAACCACACCAACAAAAAGACCAAACAACCACCGCCGCCGCCUUCGCCGUCGAAAACCCUCCACCGUCUCAACUUCUCCAAACCCAGAUCCCGCUUCUCCGAGCCCACCACUCCCACUGCCCGCACCUACAUUACCCAUCCUUCCUCCGACGAAUCCGAAUCCGAGGAAGACGAGGAUUUCGAUCCAGCCAACGGCGACGACGAGGACCCAAAACGACGCCGCUCAAGGAAGUACUCCAGGUUCAUCAAACUCAAAGCCACAAAGAGAGCGUGGACAGAGUUCAGCUUCUUCCUCGUCCUCGCUUCCUUCCUGAUCUACUCCCUCACCUUCACCCCGUUGAAGCACAAGACCGAAUUCGGCAUCGAGAUCUGGAAAUGGUGCCUGAUGGUGCUGGUACUCUUCUCGGGCCGCCUAGUCUCCGGCUGGGCCGUCGGGUUCCUCGUCUUCCUCAUCGAGCGCAACUUCAUGCUCAAGGAAAAAGUCGUCUACUUCGUCUACGGCCUAAGGAGGAGCUUCCAGAACUGCGCCUGGCUCGCCCUCGCCCUCCUCGCCUGGACCGUCAUCAUGUUCGGCGACACCGACGACGAGAAAAACGCCGCCGUUCUGAAGAAGCUGUUCCGCGGGCUCGUGGCGGUGCUCAUCGGCGCCACGCUCUGGCUCAUCAAGAUCCUUCUUGUCAAGGUCCUGGCUUCCUCAUUCCACGUGACGACAUACUUCGACCGCAUGAAGGAGAGCGUGUUCCAUCACUACAUCCUCGACGCCCUCUCCGGUCCUCCCCUGGAAGUUGCCGUUGGGGAAGCAGGACGGCGGAGUAGAGGGUGGUCGUUGAGGCCGUCGAAGUCUCUGCCACCGGAGAUCAAGGAGACGAGGCCUGCAGCAGCAGAGGCGGCGGCAGAGGUGGGGAGUAGGUGGAGGAGCAUUAGCAGCGGCGGUGGACCGAGGAGGAUUGACAUGGAGAGGCUUAAAAAGCUGAGCAUGGAGAGGAGAGCCAGCGCGUUGAGUGUGAAGAGGCUGGUCAACUACAUCAAGUCGUCGGGCCUGUCCACCAUUUCCACGGCGGUUGAUGGUUUCGGCCAGUCGGAGGAGAUUCACAGCGAGGUGGAGGCUAGAAGCUGUGGCAGGCGGAUCUUCCGAAAUGUUGCCAAGCCAGCUGCCAAGUACAUAGAAGAGGAAGAUCUGUUGAGGUUCUUGACCACGGAAGAGGUGCACACCAUAUUCCCACUCUUUGAAGGAGCUCUUGAAACCGGGAGAAUCACCAAAUCGUCGUUCAAGAACUGGGUCGUGCGUGCUUACGUGGAGAGGAAGGCGCUGGCGCAUUCCUUGAACGACACGAAAACGGCGGUCCACCAGCUGCACAAGCUGGCGAGUGCGGUAGCGAUGGUGGUGAUAGUGGUGAUGUCGCUUCUGGUGAUGGGUCUGGCCACGACCAAGGUUCUCCUCGUCGUCACGUCUCAGCUGUUGCUUGUGGGGUUCAUGUUCCAGAACACCUGCAAGACCAUGUUCGAGUCCAUCAUCUUCGUGUUUGUGAUGCACCCUUUCGAUGUUGGGGAUCGAUGUGUCAUCGACGGUGUGCAGAUGAUUGUGGAGGAGAUGAACAUUCUGACGACUGUGUUCCUGAGGUAUGACAUGGAGAAGAUAUACUACCCCAACUCUGUUCUCAUUUCCAAGCCUAUCAGCAACUUCAGAAGAAGCCCGGAUAUGGGGGAUUCGGUUGAUUUCACGAUUGAUGUCUCCACUUCGAUUGAUGAUUUCAAUGCCCUGAAGAAAGCCAUACAAACAUACAUCGAGAGCAAGCCAAAGCACUGGAAUCCAAAGCACUCGGUUGUGGUGAAGGAGAUUGAGAAUGUGGAUAAGAUGAAGCUAACUCUAGCCGUUCAGCACACCAUGAACCAUCAAAACUACGGGGAAAAGAGCAGCAGAAGAUCAGAACUCGUCUUUGAGCUCAAAAAGAUUUUCGACAACCUGGGUAUAAAGUACCAUCUCCUUCCUCAGCAGGUACAUCUCACUCAAUUGACGAAUACAAGCAACAGUGGAAGGUUGUCAAUCUAGUGUUCUCUGCAACAGAGAAGCAAUGAUGUUCCUCGCAGUAACCAACGAGUGUAUGUAGACAAACAGGUUGUUAUGUCAUGGUGUUUAUGUUCAGUUCCUAGAGAAUUAUUCACUUCUCAGGCAUAUUCUUACCAGAUGAAACUCGAUCUAUACACUGUACAAAUCGUCUGCAGCAAAGUAUUAUUAAUCCAAAACAGAAACAAAUACUGCAGCUACUUCUCAAAGCAGCACAGAUUUACAAACUGAGAUGGACUUAUGCCAGGCUCCAGAGAAAGAUUACAGACCUCUUAUCACAGAUCCCACUUCACUGUUCUUUGGGAGCAUAUAGGACAAGGGUCCUAGAACCCUCGAAGAGCACAACCAAGAACACCAACAACAUGAGACCUCUCUUAAAACAGCAUGGGCAAGAACUUCACUGCAAAUAAACCAUGAAAACAUUCAGACCUCAAUACUGGAAAUGUAAACUUAAUCUACAAAAAUAUGGAGUAUCAUUCCUGAUGAUGAUGCUCAGAGCACCAUGUGGAGUAACCAGUAUAGAAGGUGCAAACACAUAAGCUGCAAAUUAGCUAUCUCCUCUACAGUCACCGUUGCAAAGGGCAACCAGAAAUCAGAUAUUAUGUCAGGACACAUAAAUUCAAAGCAAAGACAGCUCAAGUUUCGGACUGAAUUGUACAAUCACUGUGCUAUUCAUUUAUUUCACACCAGAGCAGCAAUUGUACAAGCAGCAAAUCAGACGGAAAAACUUAUCCAUUAACAAAGUGCCAGGGCCUUC